UAGUACUAGAAGGACCUCUGAGAGUCUACGUUCGUGAAAUUACUUGUAAUGAGGAAUGCAGUGAAAUGGAAAUCACAUUUUAUGUCAAUUUGAAUGGCCAAUGCUCAAAGACCAAAGUCACUGGGUAUAAGCAAGCAGAUGGCUCUUACAGAACCCAAUAUGAAGGUGACAACAAAUAUGAACUUACGUAUUUAACAGCAACGCAUGCAGUCUUUAAGAGUAAGAAUGUGGAUAGAGCCGGCACAGAAACAAACUUGAUUUUUAUUCUUGGAAAAGGUGAGCCUUUGACUGAAGAAGCACAUAGAAAAGUUGAGGCUUAUGUUGAGAAACACAACAUUCCAUCAGAAAACCUUCAAGAUGUUCUGGCUACAGAUACUUGUCCCAUGUAAAGACCUUCUGUAGAGGACAACCGGAUGACAAUUAUACAUCAUAUCCUCUUGACCAUGGAAUUAGUAUCACAUAUAAAUCACCAUUUCUU